AUGUCGAGUCCAGAAAUGGAACUCAAGAYCCGAGAGUUCCAUGGUGAUAGGAUCGACAUUUCGUCGUAUGGUCAUCAGCAAGUUGAUAGAUUCGCAGUUUURUUGGACUUGUGGACCAAUGAAGCAGCCUACCUGGAAAAUAAGAGACAGUUGAUUGAUUGUUACUACGAAGGUUAUCAACACGUUUUUGAUACCAACGARAAAACCAAGCUCGCUCAGGUGAUCACAAAUGUCAUGUCCAUGCGCCCCCGGUUUGAUUUCACAGCGGAUUACUUCGUACGUAUCUACCGUGCGGAAUGCCUGAACCUGAGACUCUACUGCAACCUUAUCAAGACAAUACUGGACCAACAGAUUGCAGAAGARCGAGAAUAUUUACAAAAAGUAUGUCGUAAAGGGAACAAGGGGUUUGGGCUUCCUCUGCGUGUGAUUCCACAGCAGCUUAUCGCCGUCAACAUCAGCAGGCCCGCACUACAAUAUAUCUACAUGCUGGAGUUUCACCCGUCUUUAGCUAUGAUUGGUCGAAUACCAGAAGCACUGAACAAUAUAUUUAAGACAUUCUCCGAGAUUCACAAACCAAAGAGCACAGGGGAGAUAAUCUCAAUGGAGAAGCGAUUGCUUGAAGUGGCACAAAAGGAAUGGGACUCGCUUGAACCGACCGGAAAUAACUUUUCUGUGCAAACACAAAAAGACCUGUUUUCCGAGGUGUUUAUCGAAGAUCCGCAAUUCGUUUGCGAAGUUGGACAAUCYCUGAUUAAUGCUGAGGAGAACAAGAAAGGUGGACGAAAAUCCCUCAAAGAAAAGAGACAGAUAUUGUUGAAUAUCUGGUCUAAAUUAUUAGAGGUGAUCACUCUGCGACACAGACUUAUCCUAUCCGCUCAGGAAACCGAAGUGGUAACAAAGAUAUACCGUGGUCGAGCUAAGGAAAUCGGGUUCGAUGAAUACCACGCCUUCUUGCGAAUUGUCUCGUUCGAUUUUGCGCAGUCGAAGCCCGAAGUGGAUACCGAAUCAGUAUUGAUUACACUCGUUCAGGAAGACGAUAGCAGAAUUGACAGAUACACACCUGCUUACCUACCGCUUGCUAUACAAGAACUGGACGAGAAACAUGUUGGGAACUUUAGCUUUAGGACAAGAGAAGGCCUAAUGCAAAUAAUGAAUGGAACAAGCGUGGAGAAGCUGCAGACUGUCCUAAUGACCCAGGUCACCCACAAGAAUCUCAUCAUUUCCAGCCUUUUACAACUCGAGGGAUGUGAAAAAGUAAUCACGAUUGCAAAGGCGAAGGCGGCAGAAACCGAAAAGAGUGAGGGUCUAUCACCUGUUUCGUCACGUGAUCAUUCCUUGACGAGCCGUCGUAAYUCAGUAGAAGAAAGCCAGUCUCUGAGUGCGUUUUCCUCCAAGAGACGGGAUCGAGAGUUUGAAAGAAAACUUCAAGAGGUGUUUGUAUCAGUGCAACUAGAAAAGACGGCACUUCGAGACAAGAUGUUAAACGAGUACAUUCGCAAGAAAGAACAGCUGGGAGUCAUGUUGAAGAAUAUCGAUGAAGUGGUCAAAYUGAAGAGGAAACUGAUAACAAAUUUCUGUAGCAACCUCAACAAAAGAGCUGCGCAGUUUUCUUACCAAGCACAGAUUAUAGCGUACACUAUUACUCUACACGAUUUGCUGAGCGACUUCCCGACUACCAGGGAUGCACAUUUUGUUUUCGGAGAAGAAGAUGAAAAGAAAAACGACGAAGAAGACGAAGUAACGACUGAUCCUAUGACAUUAAAGCAACGCCCAAGAAAACUUUUGUCCGCUGAUGGCAAAAAGCUGCUUAACUUGUGGUUUAUACCCCAUUACACCGAGAUACUCAAGAUGUUCGGAAAAAUGAAGAUUGAGCAAAGAAACGUGUGUUUGAGAGUGAUUUUGCAAAUUGUGUCUUCGCUUCACGACAUCUGUCAGUAUCUUUGUGCUCAUGCUCGACUGGGUAGCUCCACUGCCCGGUUAGGAACGCAGAAGCUUGAAUUUUCUGGAGUGACCGCUGACUGGGGUGGCACUGAGGGCAUUGGCGCUGAACUAAGGGAAAUUCAAAAACAAAUCAAUCAUUUAGAAUCCCCAACUGAUCCUCAGGAAGUAGCGGAGUUCCUCACUCGAAGACGUGACAAUCUUUACCUUGAGGUGGACAUUUCCAUCAGUCAUUCAGUCCGAGAUACUUUCCUUUCCACAGGGAAUGAAUCCGCAUACAGGAGAAUCACAGACAACAUGCAUUUUGCACUGCAAAAUCUGAGCAACCUUCCGAGAGCGAAUAUGUACAACACGAACUUCUCUGUUCCUGAGCCACUGGAUUUUAAGACGCCUUUAGGAAGAGAACUSUACCCUUGGAGGUCAUUCAUGGAAAAGUACGGGCCCUUUCCAAUGACGUACUGGCAAUGGCACSAGAUUGGAAAUARCAUGCAACUAUGUUUAGCUGGACUCCGAGAAGUGGACAGGCACGUCGUGAAUGGAGAAAUCCUAGGCGUCUCUCUYCUCCUCGAAGACGUCCUACAAAAUGGUCUUCCCGAGAUGUUCUUCUCUAGACAAGACGAAGACACGACGAGUGUCGGAUCACCGGCGCAACGCUCUCGGCCCAACACGAGUACCUCUCGAAGACCACCCAGYCGUCGACACAGCGAUAYGGGRGAAGGAAGCACUGAGUCGGGAGGGCAAAGCGAUAGUGGCAGACACUUCGAUAUCCCAAAGGGACCGUUAUCAAUGAGCAAGAAUCCAAAGGCUGCUGUCAAGCUUAUUAAUAUGUUUUUAUUGGUGUGUUCGAGGCUGGAAAUGCURAAAACUGACUGGGGAUGCAGGAAAAUGGGCACCAAUGAGAUAGCGACUACGAAACACUUCAGGAGAUUCUGUAAAAUGUACAAGAUUGAGGUCCUACAACCAGUUUACCAACAAGUGGCGAUGAAGCUGGGCUUGGGUCAAGAAUAUGCUGCACUGGGUGCUCUCACCAGUGACGAUGAACCGCUGACCUCACCACCGGGYUCAACAGAAAUGGAACUCAAAAUCAAACAGCUUGUAAGACUACUAGAAAACUUAGAAUGUACGAUGAUCUCUGACGUCAUGAGGCGGAUAUCGCGUGAGCACACUCUUGUGGUGUCUGAGAGAGGCCGUGAUGAUGCGACGCUUCCCACUGACCUAUGGAAAAAACCGGUCAUGAAGGAAAACUCCACUAUCCCCAAACCACAUUUAGUAGAAGAUUUUGUACUAGACUUGAUGGCUGGUCACAUGGAAGAUGGAGAGACCUUGGAAUUCACUCGAGAACAUUUGAAUAAAUGCUUAGUUAGACUAGCAGCAGAAACGAACAUGAGAGAAAGAAUUUGCUUCGAAAGUUAUGCUAUGUAUUAUGAGAACCUCCUACGACACCAGCACCAGCUGUUGUACAUGAAAGAGCAAGAAAUAAGACAGAUUAAAGACCAACUAGAGGAGAGUUCCGCUGCCACUAUUGUAGAUGUCCAUUGUCAAUUAGCCGAUAGAAGCCAUGAACAAUUAUUAGAAAUCACUGCUUURCGAGCUAAAAUUAUGGAGAUGAGAGAGACACUUAUGAACCAGGAAAAGCAGAUCCGUGAAAGACUUAAGAAGGACUUUACUAAACUGGUACAAGAAUUGUUCAGCAACUGUUUUGACAUGAAAAACAAGUUUGAGGAAUUCAGGCUUUUCCUGCAUGAUGACGUCCAUGAAAKUCUAAAUGAAGUUCGUAGACAUGCACUGGAAGACAUGAGGGAGAAAUCUGGGGCAAUGAAAGCUGUAGGAGAUGAUCAAGUGAUCAAGAAGUGCGAACAGAUCCGUGUAUAUCAGGAAGACAACACUAAUCUCGGUCAAWUGUUCUUGAAAAUGAAAACGAUGAAUAACUGGAAGAAGACACGAUUGUUCAUGCGUUACCAUGACUCUGUGGAGAGUCUUCGUGAAGAAGCCGAUCGUGCCAAAAAAGAAUGCCUUGAGGUGAAAAAGAUGGCCGAAGAAAAAGCACAGUUAAUGAAACAAGAACAAGCAGCACUGAGAAAGGCCUUAUCUGAACUUGAAAAAGAAUGUCAGAAACUACGGCGAAAGCUACAGUUUGAGCAAAAGUCCAAGAUGCAGAAGAUGCAUGCACAGAUGCAGGAACAACAAAGCAUGCGUCAACUCGAGCUGGCCAAGUCUACGAACAUUGAUAAACUGAUUUUUGAUCUCGAAGAAAAAGAGAGACGUCUACGCAUGCUUACAGAAAAUCUUGACCGUGAUCAAAGAAGAAACAUGUUUCAACAAGAGCAGUCGAAGAAGACUUUAAAGCAGAUGCUGAUGCAGCUUGAACAUGAACGAAACCUCAAACUCGACGCCUUUGAGAGAGUCGAGGAACUCCAGAGAACGAUUUAUGGGUACGAACAACAUCUCGGUGGAAUGUUAUCACGACCCACUUCCGGUAUGAGCUCCUUGGAAAAGCGUCCAUUCACUUCCUGGCUGCCUGUUGCUGAGGUGGCACCAGUCCCUCAGCGGUCAUCAUCUGUGAUGGGUCCCAAGCCUUCACCCCUUGGCAAGCCCCCUGGGGGAGRGGUGUGGCCACCUCCUGUUAGCUUCCCUUCUCGUCAGGUUACUUCGCCUGAUCUUGUUACAAAUGGUUCCUCGUCGCCGCAACAGAAAAUCCAACGACCCAAAACGCAACGUGGCCGUCUGCGUGAAAAGAUUGCUGACACUUUACUGAGUGAUUUAGAACCGGAUUUCGACUUAGAUCCUCGAAGGGCACCACCCAUAUAACGACUCAAAAUAUUCUGCCUCGCUAAUAGGGGACMACAGCACGACCUUACAUAAACAUGUCAUAGAGCGGAACGUACGGUUCUGACUUUCAGUACGUACACGGCACGAUAUGCCUUAACAUUGAAAUGGCUUCCCAUAAGAAUGGUUAUCGUUCGAGUGGGAAACAUACGGUACUGACUUACAGCACGUACACGGUACGACAUGCCGGAACACUGAAACGCUUUCCAUAUAUUCAUCCAUUCACAGUAAGAUAUGGUACGGCUACAGUACGACAAGGAAUGUGCCUUAUCGUUUCCCACAUAUCAAAACCGCUCUAUAUCCACUUUAAUUUCUACCAUAAGCUGUAUGUCUGAUGUACAGCAACAUAUGAAGUCUUUCAUAUCCUAAUAUAUUCUAAAUUCCAUUGCUAAAUAUAAUAAGUGCUUUUUGUGCAGAUAUCAGCCUUGCAAUGCAACAAGGUGUGAAAUUUGUAUUUUGAAUUCUCGACGAAAACCUGUCUAUAUAAUGCAUUCGAUUAAAUAUAUUCCCUUAAAUAAAUAUACUUAAAAUAAUUUACCAAAUUAUAUUGCAUACUUUGUAAAUACACUUAUUUUUGCACUU